AUGCAAGCUGCUACAGUGUAUUAUGAUGUAGCUACGCAAGAGCUCGCAGUCACUACCUACUGCACCCCGUCCUCUCUGAGUACGACUGAAGUAGUUCUAGAUUUGUGCAAUCUGAAACCGCCCAUCUCCUCCCCAGGCAACUUGAUAUCACUUUGGAAAGAGACUGUUCUAGUUGUUUCGCAAAGAGAUGACAUGCUUUGGAUUGUCGAUAUUAGCACACGAAAGGUUACUGCACAGUUUCAAGCCAACUUCACAUGCUUUGCUACGGCACACUACGUUGUUUCCGGGCUUGUCGAUAUGCACUUUUUUGCUACUACUCCACUCGUCCGUUGCCACGGUUGCGCAGAGGGAGCAAGUCGAACACUGGUUACUGCAUUUCUCACCAGGAAAGAUAUAGUAUUGAUCGAGUUCUCUGGCAGGACAAACAGCUUCAAACCGCUUCUUACUAUGCCCAUUGAAAAGGAAGUAGAUGAGACGCUGGAGCCAUUCUUAUCUAUUACGGCUCAACACGUAGCUACUCUUUGUAACUACUCACCAAUGAACGAGUCUUUAGCAAGUACAUCUGUAACUCAAUCCCACUCCUACGGGGUUGUUUAUUUGCAUUAUUUAGGCGAGGUAACAAACAGUCCGGCGCGAAUUCCCGUUCCAGGCACAGUUCUAUCAGUUAUAUUAGAAGAAGACAAUGGUACAGACACACUAAUUAUUCAAUUCAAAACAGACAAUGAGCUCGAAACAGCUGAGUAUGCUGCACAACCCCUGUCUAAUCUGUGGGUUCCAGUUAAGUCUGAAAAAACAAAGUAUUAUCUAACGGAAAGGUUAGGUGCUAGGGUCUACCAAUACAGCACAAAAGAUACCAGCCCCGAUGUCGUUCAAUGCACACGGCCAAAUCUUCCUUGCAUCAGUCUCGUCGAACUGUCCAAAAACUGUGCACUCGCAUAUAGAAAUGGAGUUUUUGUGGGUGCUGAUGCACGUAGUCUCUGCGUAUUUGUUGGAAGCGCCUUUGUGAAGCAAACGAUAGCCAAAGUGACUGGAGUGACUGGAACAGAUGAACUGGAAUUCCUCCGGUGCGCGUUGACAGACACAUUUCAAGCAGUAGUGUGUGCAAAAGUAGCAUCUGGAGUUCACAUCUUCGUAGUGCGAAAGUCUAGGGGAAAGCACCCUUAUCGUGUAGUUGUUCCCGGAAAGCAGUUCAAGUCUUUGUCCACUUCCAAGAAUGCUAUCUGGGUACCUAUUGAAUGUAAGCUACUGGCUAUAGAAAAGACGCAUGCAUACUGCCUGAUUCUUUCAAAGGAUACAUGCACUAUGUUAGCCACUCAGGAUGACGGAGAUAUCGAGAUCUGUCUUACUGUCGGUUCGUGUUCCACCUCUCUGCCGUUUGCUGUAAGGGAUAGGGCAGCUUGUCUAAAAGAUUGCUUAAGAAUGCAACCAAAAGUAGCAACUAUUCACCAGUAUUUAUGCGAGCUACACAGUCAACAGUCGUCAAAUGAUCAGCAAAGGAUGCUCACCAUAGGAGAUGAAGGAGACCUAGAAGUCCAAAAAUUGAUUACACCGACUCCUGGUUCUGAGCUGAUAACCCCAGUUAGAGCUGUGGCCUUUAAUCAAUUAUCAAACAUAUCUGCACACAGCUCUUUGGCUGGACCCGCUUCCAUUAUUGCUAAUGCCAAGAUGUACUCAUGCAUUGCCCCGCAGAUGCCUCCAGCUUCUGAACCUCUGAACAAUGCAACUAAAUCGACUUCCUACCAAUCAACUUCCCUGUGCAUAAUGAUUUUCAUAUUGAUAUCUAUUAGUAUUGUGGUGCUAGUGCAGGUUCGAAAGCUGAUCAACUAUGGUUUGAAUAGUUGA